CUUCGUCCGACAGCGAUGACCAGCUCCACGAUUUACAGAAUGAAGCAUACCGAUAACACUUCCAGCAAUCAGGCCGAAGAUGGUAUUCCAGCAGGACACGCCUCAACCCGCACGAUGUCGGAAGAAUCGACGUACGACAGUGCCGCCUCCGAGUACUAUCUCGCACUCAGCUACAAUGGGUACGAUUUCUUCCGGUGCGUCGUUGAGAUAGCGCUCAGUGUCUCAUUCCUCGCAUCGAAUAGUAAUCUGCUAAGGCUUCUGGUUAGCUUUAAGGAGACGGAAUCGUUCAUAGCGAGCGAAGUGCUGGUAACUAUUUCGAUCGUAUUGCAGAUUUUGGUCGCUAUUUCCAUCGUAACGAUCACGCAAGUUAAUGAUCCCAGUCGAUACGCAAAGAUGAAAGCAUUCGCCGUGACGGGUGCAAUCAUCAUUUCGCUCGUAAAUCUUUUGAUUCCUUUCAUGAUCAACGUGGAACACUCGCGAAUCGAUUUUGGCGAGCUGUAUCGACGCUUUGCUGAUCAACAAGGACAAAAUAGUAUUUAG